GUUAUUUUGCGGUCAAAACAAUAUUUGGUCUAACCUUAAUAAUAAAAGAGAAAAAAACAGAAGCAUGAGAGAAGUGAGUGGUGGCGUGAAAGAGAAGGAUGAUGAGACAGACCGACCCAAAGGCGGUGGUCCCAAAGCUCAGCCGCACUACGAUCACGAUACUUCGUUAGUUUAUCACGUGCCUCCCAUGCGAGUAAUUUGUAAUCUCCACCGUCAAACAUGUUGGCUUUCGCUUCUCCGAUGACUUAAAUCAACGUUUAGAAAAAAAAAGAUUUCAUAAGCUUAAUAAUACGAAACACAUGCCCUCAAAUCAUAAACAACACGAUGAUACUUAGCGUGCGGAUUAGUUAACAAUCGAGUAUUAUCAGCUUAAAGCCUGUUAUAAUGUUUUAUUUUUCUUUGUACAAAACAAAUUAAAUAAAUAAAAAUAAAGCUGUCUUGUGAAUAAUGUUUUGCAUCACUUUGGUCCACAGACAGAACAAAAACAUAGUCCCUCAGAUCUUCUGACUCUUCAUGUCUUUUUUUUUCCCUUAGUUUUAUUUGCUUUUUAUAAUCUCUUGAUCCAAGAGUUCAUGUUUACUUGUGACAGAAGUCUUGUAAUGAUAAUAUAGCAAAGUCUUGUCUUCUCUCUCUCAAAUAAAAAUAAAUGUCAUCUUUCGAAAUCUCUCACCUUGAUUUAGAGAAUGGUUCCGGUGAUCAGCGUCAUUACCGUCAAAGUGACGUCAGCGAGUUCGGAGAAGACAGCUCUUCCUGCGACUAUGACUACGAUUUUCACUCAGCUGUAAGGAGCUUUUGCGGCGAGUUUGAGUUUCCUGAUCUGGAGGACCUCUCAGAAUCAGAAUCGGAAACUUCUCGAUCAUCUCCGGAGGAGAAAGAUUGCCGGAUUUGCCAUUUGGGUUUAGAGAGUAGCCGCCGUGAAUGUGGAGACCCAAUGGUUCUUGGAUGUUCUUGUAAAGAUGAUUUGGGUUAUGUUCAUAAGCAAUGUGCCGAGACUUGGUUCAAGAUCAAGGGUGACAAGACUUGCGAGAUUUGUCGUUCGAUAGCUUUAAACUUCUCUAAAGCUGGCAACGAUAUUGAUCAAACAACAACGAUUGAAACCAAUGUGAGUGACGUGGAGGCUGGAAAUUCAUCUACGGUGGUGGCCACAAUUGAUUCCGAUGACCGGAGAUUCUGGAGAGGGAAUAGGUUUCUUAACUUCCUUUUAACAUGUAUGGUCUCUGCAUUUGUAAUCUCAUGGUUCUUUCACUUCAACUUGCCUUCACAACAAUGAGGAACAAGAUUAAACAUCCUCUGUUUGUUUUUUUUUCUUUUUUUUUCUUUUUUUUUUCUUUUGCUUUGUGUGGAAUUUGAUUCCUGUUUUAGCUUUUUGCACGAGUGCAAUCAUAUCAAACAAUUGGAAUACAAAUAUAAGAAAAUCAUAAUUGAGUUAGAUUAAAAAUAUAAAAGAUAGCAUACAAAUCUGUAUGGUUAUAUUUUUUUUA